AUGGACAAUGUAAACCGGGCUAAAGCAAAAGCUACAGCUGCUGCUCUCCUCAAGGAUGAGAGCUUCAUUGUCAAGUAUCCCGCGCUGGCCAGGGCUCUGAAGGAGUCCGUGGAGCCGCCGGAUAGCGGCGAUGACAGCGACGCCUCUCGUCGUACAGCAGUGCAGCCAGCUGGACAACAAAGUGCAGAAUCGCUUGUGCAGCCAACACCAGAUGCGCAGCGUGCAGGGCCACAGCUAGGAAGCCAGCAGCUUGCAGUGGCUUCUUCCAGCCCCACGGCUGACUCGAGUGCUCAAGCAUCCUCUGGCACCGGGGUAACGGCACAGGACCCUGCACAGGGCUCCCAGGUGCCCACAAAAACUAAGUCUGAUGUAUCCUCCACAGGAGGCGAAGGCGAUGCUAGCGCGUUAAACCAGACUACAGCGGAGCAGGUGUUGCAGAAUGCACCUGAUCACGUAGGACAGUUGCCAAGCAAUGUUGCGCCUAGGGAGUCCCUUGGGCAGAAUGCUCCAACAAUCGCAUCUGCUACAGCCGAGCUUAAUGCACCAGUUGGCGAGAAACCGUUGGAUCCUCCGCUGCACUACAUGAAGCGGCUGGAGGAACUGCAACAGGGGUACAUGCAAAUCAUGCAACAGCGCAACUCAGUUGAACUACAGUAUCACCUUUUGCAUAAGACAGGACGUCCCCUUCUGGGCGCUCGCCCCGCAGGCACUCCAGCUCUAAGUUCGUCUCCUUCGUUCAUGCUUCCAAGCACUUCUGCCCGCCCGCUUUUUCCUAAUGCGGCAGAUGAAUGGCGACAAGGCACGCUAGAACAGCAACAACAGCAGCAGGCAAUUAUGCAGCUUCAGCGAACUGGUGUCCCUGCAAUGUCACUUUUUGGUCAUGGCCCCCCUCGAGUGGCGCCAUGGACGCCGCCAAUCAGCAUCGCUACAACGCUGCCCGCCUCAAAUGGGCAAGAGACCUUAGCAGACCGCACCGCCUCUCUGUGGCAGCUUCAGCAGCACUUGCAUCCCGAAAAACCUCGUCCAACAGUAGAUCCUGCAGUUCUGUAUGAAAAAACAGGGAUGGACCUGGCUGUCCAGCAUUUGAGAGACCAAGCAGAGCGCAUGCACAACCAAAGCCGCGAGAUAACAAGGGCAAUUACACAGAAGAAACAAGAAGCAGAGCUUGAAGAAUUGAGGGAGAAGCAGGCGCACCCGCUUUUGACGGAGCUCACUUCAGAACAACAGCGCCUUAUUGAAGAGCAGCUACGUUGUAUAGAUGAGGCAGGUUCAGAUUUUUGCAAACGGGUAGCAGCCACCGAAUUCUCACCAAUCCCAGCAUCACGUGCAGACCCGGAAAUAGUUAAAUUACAUGCGGAACGUAUGAGAGAAAUUUCCACUAUUCAAGCGACAAAGCUCCUGCCAACACAAUCUUUAACAACGCGAGCUGUGGCCGAGUGUCUCUCUGACCCUCUGGAGGAAAUGGCAGAGCGUAACGUAGACUUCAGAGAGCAAAGACUUUCCGCUGCGGCUGCUCAACUUGCUGUUUCGCGCAUGUUGCGUAACUUGGGCUACAGACAAGACGUCGAGGGAGGCGUUCCCGUACGGCGUGGAGAUGGCCCGGCUGUAUACAAAUCCAAAUUUCCUGGUAUGUAUCCUGAGCUGGAAUAUGCAAAUGCACUCCCUAUAAGCCAGCAAGGGAGACGUGAAUUGUACCUGAAAAUGCAACAAGAUGAUGGCAAAGUGCGUAGCUUUGGGGAUUUUGCUGAGGAAGCGAACGGAAAAGAUGCUGAAGGCUUGGGGAGACUACUCGAGAGAGACGAGCAACUGAUGGAACAACAGAGAGAAAAAAGGCAAGUGGACGAUGAGUGGGCCAAGCUUUGCCUAAGUAAACUCCAUUCAAAAAACCUUGCUAUCCAGGAAGCUGAAGAGGCGCGUGCACAGGCUGAGGAAGCUAGGAAGAAUUUGGAGGAAAUGCGUAGGCGGCAGCAGGAACUCAUAGCCGAGAGGGAUGCUAUGAGCGAACUAGCUAGACGGCACGAGGAAGAAGCAGCCCGCGCCCUGGAAGAAGCAGAACGGCAAGCAGCUGCAGCGGCCGCAGCAGCUGCGGCAGCUGCAGCUACAGCACGCAAAGCUCCAAGCCGAUCUCCUACGCUGACGGUCGAAGCAGCUGCAGGAGGUGUGCCGCGGCGUACUGGCUCUGCACUUAGCCGAUCACGCACAGUUUCAAUGUCUCGAGCGUCCUACUCACCAACAGAGCAUCAGGUUAACGCUCCUAGUCGAGCACAAAGCAAAAACCUGCAACUCGGCAAGACUAUUCACGACUCAUUUGAGAUUGCCGCCCCAAAACGCCUUCUUACUGCUAUUCCGCAGCAGGGUAGGCGUAAAGGAGAAAUUUUGAACAAUGCUCUAGCAGAGAGACUUCCACCAUACAGAUGCGAAGAAUUUGUUUUCUUGUCCCCUCCAGUCGAAGCUACCCCGGCCAAACUGAAGUUCUUGUAUGGGCAGCUAAAAAAACUCGGCAGCAGUGAGCACGUACAAUUGGUGUACGACUUCGCAGUUGGCUGCUGCCAGGAGUUUGUUCGGAACGAUCCAGUUUCUCAGGAAUACGCGAAUGCUCUCAUACAGUCGUUGCCCUAUUAUCCGUACCAGAUUGACAUUCAACGAGCAGGAAUUAUCGGACUUCUCAAUAUUUUUGAGUCAUCCAAGUUCCAGGAGCAUCUUGCACCCCCGAUCUUUGAAACAUUGACCACGCUUAUGGCGAUAGAUGACAGGGAGUUGCGGUCAGAUAUUGUUGCGGUCAUGGCAGCAGUUAUUCGUCCGAAGGUUGUCAUCAACACAGAUUUGGUGGACUUACUUCUGCAGCAAGUCGAUGAAUCAUCCGAGUCUGAGAUCGUCGCUUUCUGCAUUCACAUCCUAAUCGUCGCCCGCUCACCUCACAGGAAGAGCGCUCAGUACUGCGCCUUCCUGAAGGCUCUUGGAAAAUGGAAGCAUGAGCCAACCGUCUUAACAAGGGCGUGCUUAGCAAUCGAUGCAGCCGGGCACAGGGCUCAGCUUGAAGGCUUGGCAGCUCAUGAACGCAAAAAACAAGCGAGAUCUGGCCAGCGCUUGGAAGAGGGCUAUGAGCACCUAAGAAGGCCGCCAAGUUAUGGCGAGGAGCUUCAAGUAGUCGAGUCAGCCACACCAAAAUGGAUGCCUGACGAUGCCAGCGACGUGGAUAAGGUUCUGGAAGUCAUGCAGCUACACGCAAACAAUCGGAAGCUUCAAGGUGCGGCAUGCCAGGCGAUUGCCUCACUUGCGCGUGCUUCCCUGCGUCACUGCAAACAUGUGGCUCAAAAUGCAUUUCCUCUUCUGUUGUCGGCAUCGUCUACUCACCCAGAGAGCCAAAGUGUCGCAAGUGGUUUUGCCAAUACAGUUGCCAUUGUUGGAAAAGUGAAGCAAUGCAAGGCGUCACUUACGCAAGAAAUGGUCGAAGAAGUCCAAGCAGCUAUACAGCGCCACCGCUGCGUGCCUGAGGUCAUCAGCGCAUGCUGUUCAGCACUGACAGUCCUCGAACCUUUCUAUUCUCCCCAAAGCGAAGUAUUCGGCCGGCUGACACUGAGCAUCAUCAUCAGUGCCCUGAGGGAUAGCAAGGAUGCAUUUAUGCUCUGCGCGAACGUGAAUGAGUUCAUUGCAACGUUUAGCUAUCACGUAAACUCCCUGGCUGACGCAAGAAGAAGGGCCGUGGAACUAGGGGUGAUUGAAGCAAUUAUCAAAAGCAUGACAGCUUGCGCUAACGAUGCACUGGUGUGUGCAUAUGGCUGCCGUGCCAUAUCUCGUCUAGUGUACAAUGAGCCGGACGAAUCCAAGAUCUACACCGAGCUCAUGAAGGCAAGAGCAAUGACAACAUUCCUAUUCGUCAUGUUCAAGCACUGCGCUGAGUCUUGCCUCGCAGAAGACGCCCUAAGGUGUACUGCAAACUGUGCCGCAAACGAAGUAUGCGCGUCCGCUGUUCUGGAGCGCGGUGUGAAUGUAAUAUGUAAGGUGGUGUCCGCGCAUUCCGGUAACAUGGAGGUCGUGGCACAGGGAUGCCGCUGCCUUUGGCUGCUGUCUUCACAACCUGGUCUUCAGCAAAUGACAAUGAAUCGUGGCGUCCUGCUGAUUGAACAUGCUGCAACAAAGUAUUCCGCCACAGGCGACUCGAAGCAGCUGGUGACAGAUUUUUUGCUCCGCAUCCUGAAAGGGGAAGGUGUGGCACGCCAGAGCAUUGACCCACUCUGGGACACCGGUCUUGACACCUUGGGCAAAGUUGAAGCGUUGUCGCCGCGUCUGGACGUCCCGGCUAAACAAUCGCGUCCACGAGACGGUGCCUCUUUGGCCAGGCAAAUGACAGCAGCGGCGAAUGCCCCUGUAAGCGCAAGGGGCCCGAUGCCCCUCCACAUGUAG